CACAGCAGCUCCAGCCAGAACACCCUGACAGGAGCGAAAAAAAAAAAAAAAAGAUUAAUAUUCCAGUUUUCAGUUUCUCAAAAGUAAAAAGCCUCAAGUGUUGUCAGACAUGGAUACAUUCCCAGGCACUUUAAUCAGCACGCCAACCAGGACGUUUCCUUACCAGGGUCACCUCUGAGCUUUUAAAAUGCGACCUUAAAUCUUCCUCCCGUGGAGGGGUCUGGCUGCUCCCAACAUCGGGGCUGGCUCGUUGGCUUCCCCUGCAGGGCAGCAUUUGGGAAGGGGCUGUUCUGCUGUUCUCAGGGCAGAAAUUACCCCAGCACUUUAUCAGGGCUUCUUGACGGAGAUCAGGUGCCCUGGACAAGGGGCUCAGACCCCAAUUUCUCGUUGAAUGUGCAGUAUGAGAGGCUGUGCUGGUGGCUGAAUAACCACCUGGAUAACGACCUGCUAAAUGAGCAGCUUCAGCUCGGGCAGCAGGGAGAAUUCCUUCAUGGAAAGAGUUGUCCAGCGCGGGCACAGUCACCAUUUUUGGAGGGAUUUAACAGACCUGUAGAUGUCACACCUGGGGACACGGGGCAGCGCCAGCCUGGGCAGUGCUGGGUUAUUCAGUGUUGAGCUUUUUCCAGGGCUUUUUCCACCCCAAACCAUUCCGUGGAUGAAUUAUUCCCACACUCCUGCCCCGUGCCAGCCCCGCAUCCGCCCGGCUCCUGCUGGGCUCGCGGUUCUGCCCCUCGGGGAGGGUCCAGAGGGGUUCCCCAGCCGGGGAGGGUCCGGGGGGCUCCGAGCGGCACCCACCGCCCCCAGCCCCCCCCGAGCCCGGCCGAGCCCCCGCCCUCCUCCCGCUCUCCCUCCCUGCCUCCCGCCCGCGGAGGAGGCAGCGCCGGGACCGGCGGAGAGGCGGCAGCGAGCCGGGCAUGGGGGCGGCCCAGAGCCGGGCCCCCCGAGCCCCCCGGGACCCCCGGGCCCCGCCGCGCCGCUCGGACUCCACUGAUAAUUUUGAGACCCCCGAAGCAGAAACACCGAGCUGCUCGCCUCUCAAGGAGUUCUGCGAGCCACCGGGAUCGCCGGAGCCUGAGGCCGGGACCCAAGAGCCAGGUGCCCAUGGUGACCUGCUGGUAGAGGAAACCCACAGGGACAGCUCGCCUGGGAAGCACCCCAAAGAUGAGGCUCAAGCAGAGAUUGGAGCCCCUAAAGCCAGUUUGGAUGCUAAAGGGGAAGCUGACCCCAACAACUCACCCCUGAUGCAGCCCCUGGCAGGGCUGGGCUGCGAGGCUGACCCUGCUCACGCUGCUGUGGAGCCAGCCCCCGUGCCCCAUGUGGGCACAGCCCCCUGGCAGCGGGCCAUGCCAGGAGGGGACCCUGGCACGGGGCUGGUGGAGCUGGGGGCUGCUGCCCUGGGCCAGGAGCAGCUCGGGAAGGGGAAAACACCUUCGCCGGGGAGGAAAACAGAUGAAGGCACAGAGGAGAACCAGCUUGAGCCUGAGCAGCAUGACAGGAGUGUCAGCCCCUUCGUGGCAGGGGUCUGCCAGCUGCAGAGCUCUGCCCCAGCAGCCCCACAACGCCUUCCCCAUCCCGGGGAGCUGGGGGGGGACCCGGCCCUGGAGGCCCCAGGGCAGGUCCCAAAACCUGGGGCUGAUUGUACGGAGGCUAAAGAGAGUGUGGAGGCCAAGCCAGCUUCACCCAGGAGGGGCAGCAGGAUCCCAGCCAGCAAGCUGACCCCGAAGAGACACAGAGAGUCCCCCAAGAAAGCAGCUGGGGAUGCAGAGAGGGGUCCCACAGAGCCACCCCGGGGCUGCUCCCAGCUGGGUCCCACGGGCUGGGACAGCCCUGGCCUGGGCUCCCUCAGUGGCAGCUCAGCUCUGCAGAAUUCUCCAGCUCUCCCCAAGGGCUCUUACCAGUUUGACCCCAGUAACUUUGACUCCAUGGAUCCGUUCAAGCCCACCAAGACGCUCGGCAGCACCGACGCCGACUCCUGCUCAGACAACAGCCUGAAUGAAAUCCUGGAAUCUCACACGCUGGAGGUGCAGGACGAUGCCCUGAAAGGCAGAGACUCCCCCAAGAAGGCCAAGUCACGCCUGAUAACGACUACUGAGCAAGUGAAAUUUCUCUGUUUUCUGUUGAGCGGCUGCAAGGUGAAGCAGCACGAGGCGCAGCCCCUGGUCCUGGACAUCAGCGCUCAGGAUGAAGGAGUGUUGAUCUCAGAAAUCCCAGAUAUUACCAACCGGGAUGGCCGGGCCACUGAUGAGGAGAAGCUGGCCUCCACCACCUCCACGCAGAAACCAGCGGGGCUGGAGAAGAAGGCUGAGGCAGAAGAUGACCUGGAGUACUUUGAGUGCUCCAACGUGCCCGUGUCUGCAGGGAAGCACAGACCAGAGGCAGGUUUUGAAAAGGAGAUCUGCAAGCAGAUGGAAAAGGCAGGGCCUGGCAUCUUCCCCGACAAUCCCGGGCUGUGCUCCAUGGACAAGUGCCCCAGCGUGGGCAGGAGCGAGAGUCCCCUGGCUGGCAUCUGCCUCAGCGAGUCCGAGAAGGCAGCGGUGCUCACGCUCAUCAGAGAGGAGAUAAUCACCAAGGAGAUCGAGGCCAACGAGUGGAAGAAGAAAUACGAGGAGAGCCGGCAGGAAGUGCUGGAGAUGAGGAAAAUCGUGGCUGAGUAUGAAAAGACCAUUGCCCAGAUGAUAGAGGAUGAGCAGAGGACAAACAUGACAUCUCAGAAGAACCUGCAGCAGCUCACAAUGGAAAAGGACCAGGCUCUGGCAGACCUGAACUCGGUGGAGAGAUCCCUGUCAGAUCUGUUCAGGAGAUAUGAAAACCUGAAGGGCGUCCUGGAAGGAUUUAAGAAGAAUGAAGAAGCUCUGAAGAAAUGUGCUCAAGAUUAUCUAACCCGUGUCAAGCAGGAAGAGCAGCGGUACCAGGCCCUGAAAGUCCACGCAGAAGAAAAAUUAGACAAAGCCAACGAGGAGAUCGCCCAGGUGCGCACCAAGGCCAAGGCGGAGAGCGCGGCGCUGCACGCGGGGCUGCGCAAGGAGCAGAUGAAGGUGGAGUCCCUGGAGAGAACCCUGCAGCAGAAGAACCAGGAGAUUGAGGAGCUGACCAAGAUUUGCGACGAGCUGAUAGCGAAACUGGGAAAGUCAGACUGAGCCUCAGCACCCCUCGCCCAGCACUCUGCACUUGGCUGCUUCUCUCGUGACGUUGAGCACCUUGCCUUACCCUGGAGUCUCUGCAGGAAAGCUCACGUGUCCAGCUGCCCCCCUGGCUGCCAGACCUGUGGCUCCUGAGCAGGGCUGCUCCCCUCACUGUCCCCGUGUGCUUCCCACAGCUCCGGGCUGGGGUCCCUGCAGUCAGCCUGGGCAUCCUGUGCUCAGCCUGGGCCUGUGUGUCCCUCCCUGGGCUCUGUGCCCCCUGGUUGUGUCCCCUCUGUCACUGAUUGUCCUCACGUGCUCAGCAGAACAGGUCCAGCCACUGGCAGGUGCUGCCCUGGGUCGUGGGUGAUGGCAGGGGUGGAGCUGCUGGCUCUUGCACUGGGGAGGGCACCUGGCACAGGGAUGGCUGGUGUCUGGUUGGUGGGUGAAGCACAGCACAGCCUCUCCCUGUCCCUGGCUGUGCCGGCCUCUGAGGAAGGGAGCUGACAUCUCUGCAUUCGUGCACUUUAUGAGCAUUUGUGGGCACUUGGGCUCUCUGCUCACUCCUUCCAGUCAGGCACGACCUGUUCCCCCCAGGGCACUGAUCAGUCACAAAACCUGCAGUAACUUCAGUCCUCCCCGGGGAGAGUCCAGGUGAGGGGAGGCAGGAGGUUUCUGCACCAAGAGGUGUUUGGGAAGCAGGGGAGAUGUUGGUUCUGCUCCGUCCUCCCCGUGGUCCCUGCAGGGGCUGGGUGGGCUGUGCAAAGCCAGGGCUGUGUCUGUGCCUCCCUGUGCCACAGUGAGAUCAGGGCUCCAUUUCAGAGGCUGCAGGAGGAAGGAAGUGAACCCUGAGCUGCCUCGUGGGUACUGCAGUAGCUGCAGUGAUGGAGGAUUCUCUGCCUUGAAUGGAUAGGUGUGAAAUAAGGGAAAUAUUUGCAGUAUGGACUGUUUCCUGCCCAGCCUGCUGAACACUUUCACAAACCUUUUUGCUGCUACCUUUUUGUAACAGAAUUGAGCUCUUUUCCUUCUAUUUUCUAAUUCCCUGUGUCGAGCAUGCAGAGCAAACACCUGUUUAAGCCAGAGCCAUACACUUGAUUAUAUUUUAUUAGUUAUAUAAUAUAUAGAGAGUUUAUUCUACACUUAAGCAAAGGUGUCAGCAGCCUGCCCCAGCACACAGCUUGCCAGCCUGUUCUCCACACCCCCAGUUAUCCCAGUGACAGACUGGUCACAGAAGCCAGUGGCUGACACCACCCAAAGCAGUGCACCUGUUGCUUGUGCUGGAUAUUCACCCUUUGCACAGCUGACAGAAAAGAAAAACCCUUUUUGCCCCUUUCUUUUUAACCCCCUUGACCUCCCCACAUGUCCCCUCCUGAGCUGGUGAAAAAGCUUCAACCAUAAGAUCAACAAGGAUAUUUCUGUUCCCCUUGGGGACUCUGUGCAGGUCAAGCAAACCCCUGAGACCCUGAGAUUUCUGGGCCAGUUGGCUUUUUCUCUUGAGGAAGCAGCAUUGCAUCACCUCUCAGAGCUGGUGGCAGGCUGCUCAGGGCUGGUUUCUGGCUGGGGCACUGCCCUGCCAUGGUGCUGCUGGAGCCCAGGAGCAGGAGCAGUCCCAGGUGGGGCUGUGGCAGCCCUCAGCCUUCUGCCUUGCUCAGGGCUGUGAUGCUCAUGUGCUGUUCUCACUCAAGGUGUGACACUCUGAGGUCAGUCUCUCCUCGGGGCACGGCUCUGGCCCUUGGGGCUGAUGGAUAAUUGCAGUUCAAGAUUUCACCACUUGCCACUUCCCCAGCGCCCU